AGUCAAUAUGGGGGCUGAAUGAGGAUGAAUGACAGAGAGAGUGUGAUAAAAGGCGAAAGAGAGUUUGUGUGCAGCGUUCUCUGCUGAGCUCCACACCGGACCUAUCAUUACCAGAUGUCACAGUGAAGGUGGCUGCCAGCUGAAUCACUGCUUAUUGCCUUAAACUCCAACUCUCUGCCUCUUUCUCUUCUUCUCCUUCCUCCUUUUCUCUCAUUGCUCCCGCUCUCUGUCUCCCUUUUCCGCCUCUCUCUCUCCCUCUUUUUUCUUCCUCCCUUCUCCAUUUCCAGCUGUUUUUGGAGCACGCAGCAAGAGCGGGGCAAGUUCUCCACCAAUUGUUUCAGUCCUGAGAGGAGCUCGGCGGUUGGACCCCUCCCUCCUUCUAUCUCUCUCCUCUCUCUCUCCUCUGUCUCUCUUCCUCUCUUGCCCUCUCUCUCUCUCUCUCCUCCCCUUGUUGUGACAGAGCACACCUGCUUGAUCUUGGCUACACGCGCUCCGAGUCCAAUUACCCCAUAGGCCCUCGCAGCCACUUCACAGUCUCAUCCCCCCACUCGACUGGAUUUUUGGGAGUCAAGCUCAUCUCGCCCACUUCUACUCUCUUUGCCUUGCUUGCUGAGAACAGGCUCCCUGCUAGCAGCACCAUGAGGUCAGCCUGUCUCUCUCUGCUCCUGGUCACAGCCUGCUGGGCUCUGCCCUUCCGCCAAUCAGGCUUCCUAGACUUCAUGAUGGAAGAUGAGGUGGGAUCAGGUUUGCCUGAAGAGACUCCAGAUUUAGGCUCCCAUCCCAUGCCUGAUGGACCCAAGUGCCCUUUCAGAUGCCAGUGCCACCUACGCGUGAUCCAGUGCUCUGACCUCGGUCUGAAGGCAGUUCCUGGGGACAUCCCAGACGACACCACCCUGCUGGACCUGCAGAACAACAAGAUCACUGAGAUCAAGGAGAAUGACUUCAAGAACCUCAAAGGACUGCAUGCUCUGAUCCUGGUGAACAACAAAAUCACUAUCAUCCACGCCAAGGCCCUCAGCCCUCUGACCAAGCUGCAGCGUCUCUAUUUGUCUAAGAACAUGCUAAAGGACAUGCCCGCCAACAUGCCCAAGAGCCUGCAGGAGCUGCGCAUCCACGAGAACGAGAUCACCAAGAUCAAAAAGGCCUCCUUCCAGGGCAUGUCCCAUGUCAUCGUCAUGGAACUCGGGUCCAACCCUCUGAAGAGCGCAGGAAUCGAUGCCGGUGCUUUUGCUGACCUGAAAAGGGUCUCUUACAUUCGGAUUGCAGACACUAACAUCACAGAGAUCCCCAAAGGUCUGCCCAGCUCUCUGUCUGAGCUCCACCUGGAUGGAAACAAGAUCACCAAGGUGACGGCUGACAACCUCAAGGGCCUGAAGAACCUGGCCAAGCUGGGUCUGAGCUUCAAUGAGAUCAGCUCUGUGGAAAAUGGCACAAUGGCUAACGUCCCCCACCUGCGAGAGCUGCACCUCAACAACAACGCUCUGACCAGUGUUCCUCCUGGCCUGUCCGACCACAAGUACAUCCAGGUGGUCUACCUCCAUGUCAACAAGAUUGCUGCUGUGGGAACAGGGGAUUUCUGUCCUCCUGGCCUCAACAGCAAGAAGGCCAUGUACUCUGGCAUCAGCCUGUUCAGCAACCCUGUGCCUUACUGGGAAGUUCAGCCAAUCACCUUCCGCUGCGUCUUCGACCGCUCUGCCAUUCAGCUUGGCAACUACAGGAAGAAGUAGAGUGUCCCGCGCACCUCUAAGAGGAAGUGUGUGUUUGUAAAUGAGUGUGUGAAAGUUUUGUAAGCGUGUGUGUUUGACCACAGCCCCACAACACUGACCCCUACCAACACUGCCUCCCCACAAAUGAUGAUGUCAUUAAUCCAUGCACUCAUUUCAAAACUUUAGUGGACAUGGACCUCAAACACAACAUAUCAUAUUCAUUAUUUAGCUUCAAGGUUGGUGCAACAGUAGUACACACAGCUUACAGCAAACACCAGCAUACUAUGGUGAUGCUCUCACACAUAGCACAUCAUUCAUAGAAGCAGUUAAGCAAGCAUUAACAUUGCAAAUAUGUUCUCAGAAACAUGCUGUAACAUAUUUUUGUGCAUAAUAUGUGCAAUUCAUUCAGUGGACAAAUUGAAAUUCCGAAGUGAUCCCUAACCAAAAAGAUUUGAAAUCUCACUCAGUGGAAAAUGUUAUAAAUCCCAGUUUGAUAAACUUUCUCGACCUUUAGCAAUUGUAUGAAUUAUAAGAGAGCUGGCCUGUAGAGCAGGCAGCAAAAGGUUCACUUGUGUUUUACAAUACCUUUAACAACUGGUAUACUAGAAUGUACUAGAUAUUACCUGUGUACUAGGAAUAGCAUUCAGAGUGUAACAUUACCACGCUGCACUCUGUGAAAGAACUCUGAGUUUCUAUUUGUAUUGUACUCAAUUCAAGUAGAGAUAAAAGCAACCGUGACUUCUGUCACAUUGUGAUUUCUUGUGCUUACUUCAGUGUUGAUUUAGUUUCUGGGUGUUUUUUCUUUAUCACAUUUCAUCCCUUGUUCCUCUCCUAGUGUAUUUUGUUCCAUCCAUAAAAAAUAAGGUGAAAAUAGCUUCUAAAAAAUGUAGAAUAAACCAUAUAUGUUUUAAACAGAAGCCAUUCCCAAAGAUUUAUAUGCAUGCUCUUAUUUUUUUCCUUUCAACUUGAACCUGGUGCUUUCUGGAAUUUCUUGUUGAUGUGUGUAUGUAUUUCUCUCCAUGUUUCCUUGUCCUUUAUUUCCUUUUUUAAGAGUCAAGAAAAAUUGGAGGGUGUAUGUGGACUGGCAUGCCCACUGCAACCAUGUUAGUGUGAAUGUUGUAUGUAUAGACGCUGUAUAUAAAUGCUGUAUAAAAACCUCUCAUUGCUUAAAGGCACAAGCACUUACCAUAGCUCAGACUUAAUAUAUCAGCUACAAAGGUGUUCUUCUUUUUUUCCGGAGCAGGGGCUCCAGCUAAGGUGUCCUAAACAAAAUAAAAAUACUAAUGGAAAAAGUA